AUGUCUGAACAAAUUAACGAUAAUAGUAUUUUAUACCAGCUUGUAAAUGAAUGGUAUGGUGCAUUGAACAUUCGAAAACCGUUGUCAUCCGGUCAUUUAUCAAAUCAAUGGUUAAAUUUGUGGUUUGCAAAGGGUGAACAACAAAUAAUUGUGGAUAAAAAAUUACUGUACUAUCGUUCAGCUAUUGAUAAUAAUUUGAAUUACAAACCAACAUCGAUUAUUGAAAGUAUGGGUAUGAUUAUACUAUAUGAUCAAAUAACACGAAAUAUAUUUCGUGGAAGUGAUAUGGCUUAUAAAUAUGAUGAAAUUGCUCGAAAUAUUGCUCUAGAUUUAGUUAAAAAUUAUGAACAAUUACCAAUUCAAUUGCAAAUUACUAUCGUAAUAUGUUUGAUUCAUUCAGAAAAUAUUGAUCAUCAUUUAUUAGUAAAAAAUCUAAUUGAAAACUACAUAUCAAAAUCUCAGUAUAUUGAUCAAAAUGUACUCUCAUCCUUAAAUGGUAUAGCUAAAAAUCAUUUUGAACGUAUAUCACUAUUUGCACGUAUACCGGAACGUAAUCAAUUUUUAAACAGAACAUCAACAGAACAAGAAAUAGCCUUUAUGAAUGCAGUCAAUAAAGGAUCUCUUUAA